AACGCAGCUGCUGGGCCCCGCGUAAAGCAACCGCCUCGCUUCCUUUAUUUGCGUUAGCUCACUUCAAGAUCAGCACAGACAUGCUACAUAAAGUGUACAUCACGUGCGUACUUUUCGGUUACCUUCAUAGCUGCGUGGAAUCUAAUGACUCGGGUUCGAACAGAAUCGUUCAUCAUAGGAAUCUUGUGAAACACCUCUUCGACCCAGAGAGGUACACCAACGAUGUUCGUCCAGUCAUCUAUCACACGAACGUAACGGCGUUGACGUUAGACCUGCUGAUCCAGGAGAUUGCCGAUAUGGACCAUUCGAGGCAGGCGGUCAAAGUGAACGUAAUCAUGUCCGCGAAAUGGAAAGACGAGUUCCUGACUUGGAAGCCUGACGACUAUGGCGGCGAAGACGUUAUCAUAAUCCCAGCUGAAAAGAUAUGGGUACCGCAACUCGCCACAAAUUCACACAUUUCGCCACUCCUGACGUCAUCACCACCAGGUGGAAGUUACGGCCGCAUGAUGGCGCGCGUUCAUGCGUCCGGGUCUGUUUCGCUGGACCACGUGAAGCAGCUGGCGGCGAGAUGCGUGGCGAUGCCGGAGGGCUUCUGGUCGAGCCGCUACGACUGCGAAAUGAUCUUCCAUUCGUGGGACGUUGAAAGUAACCAGGUGCAUUUACAGGGCAGCGUGCGCGUCGACGUCGAGGACAACCCGGCUUGGGAAGUGUCGCAACCGAGGGUCAAGGUCCUCUUCCAUUCCGCCAUCGGCUGUCGUAUGGUGCUGAGGAAAACGUACGAGCCGAGCUUGGCGUGCCCGACCGUGGCCGUGGUGUUGCUGACGCUGGCCACCUUUUGGCUGCCCGCAACUGGACCCAGGGUGACCCUGUGUGGCGCCAACCUUCUGGUCGCUAUCAUCUGGCUUUCUACGCUCGCCAAACACCACGAGGGAUCAAUUACCACCGCACCUCACGUGGUAUUCCUGUCCCUAUCGGCAACGCUGGCUGCCGUGUCCCUGGCUUGGGCCGUCGCUACUCACAAGCUGCUGCACUCCGCCGACCGGUGCGAGGUUCCUCGGGGUCUGGUCAACUUUCUGGAGACACCCUUCUGGCAGUUCCUAUGCGUCGGCGGCUUCCAGCCGGCUUCGUCGGCGGCCGCGCGAGAAACGGAGAUGGAGCAUCUCAGCCACGACCCAACAAUGGCGGCCGGCGGAGGUGGCGGCGGCCCCGGCUUCGACCAAUCAGGAGCCGCGACUCAGGGAGGAAUGGUGCGCCGUGUCGCGAGCCGUCGACAGGGCGCUGUUCGUCGCCUUCGUCGUGGCGUUCAUCUCAUUUCGCCUGGUGUUCGGGGGGCCUUACCUCACUACCACGUUACCACGCUGGGGAGCGAGGUAGCAUGCCUACGAACAACAGUAGCAAUCCUCGCUGCAACUAUGACAAUGACUACUACUACAACAACAACGACAAUAUAAUAUUAUUAAAAGUAAUAAUCA